AUGGACCACAUGAACGACGACAACCCGCACGCACAUGCCGUCGAUCAGGACCACAUCUCAAACCCACUCAUCAUCAUUCAUGUCACCUGCAUGAUCACUGCAUACGGAAUCCUUAUGCCCCUCGGCAUCAUGCUGGGGAUCCGGAAACACAAGUACCAUGUCCCUGUCAACGCUCUCAUGUUUCUGGUCGCCAUGGCAGGAUACUUUUUCGGAUAUGGACACCAUAUGUUUGGCAUUGGCGAGGGCGUACACGAUCAGGACCACGAAGAAGAGGGUACCGACAUGGGAGACAUGCCCGGGAUGAAUGACAUCACCAAGAGACAAGCAGGAAGUACCUCUGCGGAACACUAUGGUUGGAGCUGGAACAUCUCUGCUCAUGGAGCCAUGGGCAACUUGCUUCUGAUCCUCCUCUUUGUUCAGGUCGGCAUGGGCGUCUAUCGCAAGCUGACAAAGACCAAGCCAAGACUGCGCCUGGCCUGGCUCUCUGGUCAAGUGCCCCGCAAGAUCCACUCGUACCUUGGAAAAGCCCACCUCGUUCUCGCCUACAUUCAGAUCGUUUUGGGAUUCAUCAAACUUUUGAGUGCUUGCCCUGGUCAGGCAUUUGCUCAGUGCGCUUCCCACAUUGUCAUGGGUGGAUCGUUUUGGUGGUAUGGAGGCAUCUACAUUGCGUAUCUGGUCGGUUCGUUCCCAGGAGUUUCUCGCCCUGAAAAGAUCGAGUCGCUGGUUAUGACUGUCUGGGGCGUCAUCAACUUUACAGCUCUUCACCAAUGGGGCACUCGCUGGUCACACGCUGACUUGCAACACACCUCAUUGGGAAUGCUCUGGGUUGCAGGAGGAUUGCUGUCGUUGUUACUCGAGUCCCAGUACAGCCCACUUGCUCAUUUCAUGAUUCGCAAGAACCCCCUCCCCGCCAUUUUGAUCAUCUUGACAGGAUACGCCAUGGGUCAGCAUGCUCAGUACUACAUGUUUGCCACCGUGAUCCACACCUUCUUCGGAUAUGCUCUGAUGCUGGGAGGUGUCUGUCGUUUGAUCCAGUUGGCGCUUCGCCCUUCAGUUUCACCUUUGAGCGAGGACGGUGGUAUGGAGGAAGAUGACGAUGUUCAGGACAGGAGCAAGACCCAUCAUGCUGGCCCUGGCAGCGACAGCAUUCCAGGAUUGGCGAACGGCGAAACCCCCGCGUCAGCAUUCUUUGGUUUCCUCUCUGCACUGGGGAUUAUCUCUGCAGGAUUGUUGUUCCAGUCAGCACACGAGGAGCAGCUCAAUAUCGUCAUGUAUUAUCUUUCGGAUCCAAGCACGUAUAUCAACUGGAUCAUGUCGCUCGCGUUCUUUUCGGUCUUGUACAUGAUGUUCUUGACACAGGCUGGAAAGAAGAAGCCCUCAGGAAGCAAUGGUGUCAGUGCCAAGACAUACAACCGUGUCCGCACGAGAGUUGACUCUGAGGAUCGCGGACAGGCAUUGAGUCGUAAUGAUAUUGAGAUGAGUGGGUUCAUGGAACUGGAGGAGUGA